CGUAGCCGCGCUGCCGUGGCCGCUCGCACUCGGCGCAAGGGCUGCCGGGACAGUCCCCAUCUUCUUUGCGCGCGCGUUAGAAGAGGCGACGCCGGGGCGGCGAGGCGUUCUCAGUGAUCGCGUGGCCCGGCUCUGCGGGACCGGGACCUUAAAGGUGACCACAAUGGCUGAAAAUGGUGAUGAAAAAAUGGCUGCCCUGGAGGCCAAAAUCUGUCAUCAAAUUGAGUAUUAUUUUGGUGAUUUCAAUUUGCCACGGGACAAAUUUUUAAAGGAACAAAUCAAACUGGAUGAAGGCUGGGUACCUUUGGAAAUAAUGAUAAAAUUUAAUAGGUUAAACCGUCUAACAACAGACUUUAAUGUCAUAGUAGAAGCAUUGAGCAAAUCAAAGGCAGAACUCAUGGAAAUAAGUGAAGAUAAAACCAAAAUCAGAAGAUCUCCAAACAAACCCCUCCCUGAAGUGACUGAUGAGUAUAAAAAUGACGUAAAAAACAGAUCUGUUUAUAUUAAAGGCUUCCCUACUGAUGCAACCCUUGAUGACAUAAAAGAAUGGUUAGAAGAUAAAGGUCAAGUACUAAAUAUUCAGAUGAGAAGAACAUUGCAUAAAGCAUUUAAGGGAUCAAUAUUUGCUGUGUUUGAUAGCAUUGAAUCUGCUAAAAAGUUUGUGGAGACCCCUGGACAAAAAUACAAAGACACAGAUCUGCUAAUACUUUUCAAGGAAGAUUACUUUGCAAAGAAAAAUGAAGAAAGAAAGCAAAAUAAAGUGGAAGCUAAAUUACGAGCUAAAAAAGAGCAAGAAGAAAAACGAAAGUUAGCAGAAGAUGCUGAAAUGAAAUCUCUAGAAGAAAAGAUUGGCUGCUUGUUGAAAUUUUCAGGGGACCUAGAUGAUCAGACCUGUAGAGAAGAUUUGCACAUCCUUUUCUCAAACCAUGGUGAAAUAAAAUGGAUAGACUUUGUCAGAGGAGCAAAAGAGGGAAUAAUUCUAUUUAAAGAAAAAGCUAAGGAAGCACUGGAGAAAGCCAAAGAUGCAAAUAAUGGUAACCUUCAAAUAAAGAACAAAGAAGUGACAUGGGAAGUACUAGAUGGAGAUGUGGAAAAAGAAGCAUUGAAAAAAAUCAUAGACGAUCAACAAGAAUCCCUCAGCAAAUGGAAGUCAAAAGGUCGCAGAUUUAAAGGAAAAGGAAAGGGAAAUAAAGUUGCCCAGACUGGGUCUGCUAAAGGAAAAGCACAGUUCCAGGGCAAGAAAACUAAAUUUGAUAGUGAUGAUGAACAUGAAGAAAAUGGUGCAUCUGGACCGGUAAAAAGAGCAAGAGAAGAAACAGACAAAGAAGAACCUGCAUCAAAACAGCAGAAAACAGAAAAUGGUGCCGGAGACCAGUAGUUUAGUAAACAAAUUUUGUAUUCAUUUUAAUUAGGUUUUUAGCUGCAUUUGUCUUUGGUGGCUUUUAAAAAGAAAACCGAAUUAGGUCCACUUCAAUGUCUACCUGUAAGAAAAGAAAAUUUUUUAUUGUUUAGCUUGUCUUUUUGUUAUCCAAAUGAGGAUUUUUUUUUAAUGUACAGUUGUAUGUUAUUCAGAUGAUUCAAAUAUCAAAAGAAAGAUUCUUGUACUAAAUUGCCUUUGUAAUAUGAGAAUGUAUUAGUACAAACGAAUAAAAUGUAUACUAUAUAAAAAGAGCAAAAACUUAGUUUAUUUUUUCUUUUUCUGUCCAAAGUAUUUGAGAAAUAAUUUAUCUUAAACUAGAGUAUUGGCUGUGGAUUAUAGGCUGUUCCAUAAUCUGUCUCCCAGGCUGGCUUUCUGUAUUUACUCAGGCAACUUGAUAACAUAAGAAUUAAUUACUUAUUGUAAAGUUCAAGAGACUUACUGAUUUCUUUUUAUGAAAUUUGUAUGAUGCCGGCAGGUCAUAUCUCAGCUCUAUAAAAAAAAAAAAAAAA